GGGGAAGGCAUCAAGCCCUCCCCCCAAGAUGGCGGCGGUGACGGAGGAGUGGAUGGCGGAGGAAGGAGGCGGUGGCAGCUGCGGCGGCGGCUCUUCCCUGGCCGCGGGGGCGUCCCAACGACUGUCGCCGCUGCCCCCGCCGCAGCCAGCACUGCUGGGACCCCAGUCGCCGGCCUCCCCGUCCCUGGCCUUGGACCAGCUGCCUCACAACAACACGCUGGUAGCGCUGCCCAUCGUGGCCAUCGAGAACAUCCUCAGCUUCAUGUCCUACGACGAGAUCAGCCAGCUCCGCCUGGUUUGUAAGCGGAUGGACUUAGUCUGCCAGAGAAUGUUGAAUCAGGGAUUUCUGAAAGUGGAAAGAUAUCACAACCUGUGUCAAAAACAAGUUAAAGCACAACUUCCAAGGAGAGAGUCAGAAAGGAGAAAUCAUUCAUUAGCUCGUCAUGCGGACAUCCUUGCUGCUGUAGAAACAAGGCUCUCACUGUUGAAUAUGACUUUCAUGAAGUAUGUGGAUUCCAAUCUCUGUUGCUUCAUUCCAGGAAAGGUAAUUGAUGAAAUUUAUCGUGUGCUGAGAUAUGUAAAUUCUACCAGAGCCCCACAGCGGGCUCAUGAAGUCCUCCAAGAGUUAAGGGAUAUUUCCUCCAUGGCAAUGGAAUACUUUGAUGAGAAGAUUGUCCCAAUUCUAAAGAAGAAGUUACCAGGAUCAGAUGUGUCUGGGCGACUCAUAGGCUCUCCUCCAGUUCCAGGACCUUCUGCAGCCCUAACAACAAUGCAGCUUUUCUCCAAACAAAACCCUUCAAGACAGGAGGUCACUAAACUUCAGCAGCAAGUGAAAACAAACGGUGCUGGUGUGACUGUACUCAGGCGGGAAAUUUCUGAGCUUCGCACUAAAGUGCAAGAACAGCAGAAACAGCUGCAAGAUCAGGACCAGAAACUGCUAGAGCAAACCCAAAUCAUAGGGGAACAGAAUGCUCGUUUGGCAGAGCUGGAACGAAAGCUUCGAGAAGUCAUGGAAAGCGCAGUAGGAAAUUCCUCAGGGUCUGGGCCAAAUGAGGAGUCUCCUCGGAAACGGAGAAAGGCAGUGGAAGCCAUAGACUCUCUUAGGAAAUCUAAACGCCUUCGAAAUAGAAAAUAACUUGGGAUUCAGUUAUAGCUCCAAAAAGGCAUGUAAGCUUAGCAGCCCAUGCAGUCAUGCUCACGUGGAUACUUGGGUUUAGCAGCAUGGUGUCCUUUAGGCUGCUCGGUCUCCAGAACGCAGCUUAGACUUUGACGUUUACUCAUUGUUGGGACAUUUUCCCCCUUUCUGUCUGGGUGGACUGAUGCACAGGAUAUUUUUAAUUUGCAAUAGAUUUGUAAUAACUAGACCCACACUCUAUCAUGUUUGGAGGAGUUAAUCUUUUUUUCCGUGCAGAUGAUGUGUUAAAGUAAAUUUAUUUGUGUUUCUGCAUAUAUGCACAUUAAAUAAGGAUCUUAAAUAAACCCUAUCUUAACAGACUAGAAAUUAAGUUUAAGUACAGAAAAUGUCCUGUUCACUUGAAAGAAAAGACCUACUUUUUAAAUGGACGCUAUCUUGUAUAAAAAACAAGUCGACUUUUUGUUACAAGUGACCUUUGUCUGGAAUGUCUGAAAAGUAGUUAAUGCUUUUUGGUAUUGAAGUAAUGGGUGAUUGAAAAGGACUUCUACAGUAUUGACUGCAGAAGAGACCUCUACAGUAUUGACUAUAUAUUUUUGUAGACUACUGGCAAGGGACUCAUCCAGCUAUUAUAUACACAAUUUCAAUUCCCUGUUGGAACCAGGUCCUACAUUUGCAUGGAUAGAUGCAUGCACUGCCUUUUUAGCUCACUCAAGAGCACUUGCACUGGCAUUGACCUUGAACCUCUAGAUUUCCCACUGAUAAAGAAAGAAGCUUCUAUGUUCUUAGUACCCUAGUUAACAUCUGCUGUCAUUACAGUAGGCAGAGGUGAGCUUGAGCCUUCAAUGGGGAAAUAGACUAGUUCAUUUGAUUGCUCUUUACAUGGGGGUUGAGCAGUACUGAUGCCUGUUGCAUUAUCCAUUCCCUGGAGAGUUCAGGUACUCUGGCUAAGGCAGAAAUCCAACUUUCAAGGCUCUUUCUGUAUAUGUAGGAUCUCCGGUUACUAGUACUGUCUUAUCACACUACUGUGUCAGCCCAUAGGUCAAAAUGUGAUGACUGAGUAGUGGACACUGCUUAUUUGUAUAACUCUUUAAUCGGUGAAGCAAAGUCCAUUCAAGAAAAUGGUUGUAUGAUGAAAAGACAUUUACAUCCUUUCAUUGGGGGAGGGGAGAAUAGUCAGGGGAAGCUUUUUAAUACUAUAACUAUAUUCGAGCUUUCCUUAUCCUAAAACUUUAAACAAAAGCUUUAAUUUCUUUUGCACUCCUGUUUUAAACUUGUAACUGGAAAAGCAUGUCUUGCACUGUUCAAUCUUCUGAUUGGUCACUUUAACAACCUCUAAGUUGUUGUGUACAGUGAUUAUUUUUCCCAGUUGUAUAUUUUUGAAACAUUAUACAGAUAUCACUGUCUUUGUUUUAUUUUUUACUGUACUAUAUAGCUAUCAUUUGACUGUUAAAAAUUCUUUUAAGCAACUGUUGCCUUGGGCUUCAGUGAAAUUAAAGUACAUUUAGGUGUAGCAUGGAAAAAUAUCUAUUUCCUUGUGGAGUUUGACAUCUAAAUUAAGUCUAAGGUAUAAGUAAGAAUCUUAGCUUAAUAAAGCACAAGGUUACCACC